UCUUAUUAUUCCAUAUAUAGAGUGGAGAGAAUUGGAGAAUCAUAUUCAUAUACACAAGUAAUGGAGGAGGAGUACUACUUGAAGUACUUGAGAAUGGGUGUUAUAUUCAUAUUAGGUGGUUAUGUUUUUGUGUUUUGGUUCCUCAAGAGAGCAAAUGAAUUGUACUAUUGUUACAUUCAACGGUUAGGAUUCAAGCAACCGCGGCCUCUUCCUCCGGGAGACAUGGGAUGGCCGAUCAUCGGAAACAUGUUUUCCUUCCUGAAAGCUUUUCGAGAUUCCGACGAACCACACUCCUUCAUCAAUAACUUGGCUCAACGGUACGGAAAAACGGGUAUCUACAAGACCCAUUUGUUUGGCAGUCCAAGUGCCAUAGUUUGUCUCCCUGAAACAUGCAAGGCAGUGUUAACAGACGACGAAAACUACAAACUUGGAUACUCAAGUCUUUUUGCGCUAAUAGGGAAGAAAUUAUUUGAUACACUUCAUAGCACAGAACACAAGCGUCUACGCAGACUAACGGCAAGUCCAAUCAAUGGCCAUGAUGCAUUAUCAGUGUAUAUUGGGUUUAUUGAGGAUGUGAUGAUGGAUUCAUUAGAUGAAUGGUCAAGCAUGAGGAACCCUAUCGAGCUUCGUAAUGUAUUGAAAGAAGCUACCCUUAAGGUCAUCACAAACAUCUCCUUUGGACCCCAACUAGGGUCUUCCAUCUAUGAAUCAUUGAAGAAUCCCUUUAAUGAUCUUGUUCAAGGAGUGUUCAAAUUGGGUAUAAAUCUUCCCGGCUUUGCGUUUCACAAAGCCGUUCAGGCGCGUCGAAAGUUGGGGGAGAUCCUUGACGCUGCUAUUGAAGAUGUGAGAGUGAGAAACAAAAGUAAUGAAUCAAAGGAGGAAAAGAAAAGCAUGUUAGAUUUACUAUUGGAGGCUGAGAAUGAAGAUAGUGAGAAAUUAGACAAUGAGACAAUUGUUGAUAUUUUAAUUGGAGUCUUGUUUGCUGGUCAUGAUACCACUGCUGGUGCUAUAAUGUGGGUUAUGUUGUUCCUCCAUGAUCAUCCACAAAUCCUUCAGAAAGUCAAGGAAGAACAAGAGGCUAUCAUAAGGAAUCGACCAGCUACACAAAAAGGUUUGACUAUGGAGGAAAUUAAACAAAUGAGUUACACCAUGAAGGUAAUUCAAGAAGCUUUGCGUAGGGCUAAUAUCGUAACUUCACUUUUCCGAGAGACGAAAGUCGAUGUAAACAUCAAUGGAUAUACCGUACCGAAAGGAUGGAAAGUUUUGGUGAUGAUUAGAAGUGUUCAUUUGGACCCUGAAAUCCAUCCAAACCCAAAAGAAUUUGAUCCUUCAAGAUGGGAUAAUAAGCAAAUGAGACGUGGAGCUUUCCUUCCAUUUGGACUAGGAAGUAGAUAUUGUGCGGGGAGUGAUUUAGCCAAGAAUGCUGUUUGCAUUUUUGUCCAUUCUUUCCUUCUUCACUACAAGCUGGAGAGGAUUCAUCCUGGGUGCCCAAUGGUGUACUUUCCGGAUCCAAGGCCCAAAGAUAAUUGCCUCGCCAAAAUCACAAAGCUCUGAUAUUCUUCACAUUCAUCAAGACCCUUAAUGGGCUUUUUAAGGGUUUUUUUAACACUAAAUAUGGGCUUUUGUUGGGCCUUAUGUUAUAGAUUGUAACUUCUCAUUUUUACAAUAAUAAAAUAAUAUGAUUUGGGUAUCUUCAUCUUUUGCUUGGAACUCUUAAUUCAACAUCCAACACAAAAGGUAAAAUAGGAAAUUUUUUUAUUUAUAGAAGUUGAACCCACAACAAAACCUGCCAUUACACUUAUACAAAGAUUUCUCUUCAUAUAAUCAGUUUCUUCAUAAGACACAAAAAGAAAGAACAUUUAUAUGAACAUAGUAUUGCAAAAUAGACAAAAGAAA